GUACAUUAAAUGCGUCCGCCCAUUGGAAAGAAAAUCGUCUAUAAACUCCACCUGUAGACAGCAAGUAAGUCAUGGACACGACGUGCAUCUCUCUGAUCGUUCUCCUCGGUUUGGGCUGCUCCACUCAGGAGAGAAGGUCUGAGGAGGCUGAGCUGAGGAUCGUCCGACUGGGGGACAGUAUUACCCUGCACUGUGAUGUCAAACAUGAGCGUGAAACUAUCUGGUACAGACAAUGUUCUCAUGAGAACCAGCCACUACUGAAAAUGGCUCGUUUGGAAUUAAAGGAUAAUCCUCAUCCUCGAUACGCUUUCGUGUGGGACUCCUCAUCAAAUUCAUAUAGUCUGUUGAUUAAAAACAUUACGAAGUCUGAUCUGGGACUUUACUACUGUUCCACAAAAUAUCUCAGAUUUUCACCUCAACCCAAUGGAACAGCUACUGAUGAAGCAACUGACAAAUUUGGAGGUCUAACCAUUAGGCUCCUGACUGCAGACGAUUCCAAUGGCACCAUAAGGACCCCCAGCGGUUCUGCAGCAGGGAUGACCCAGAGCUGGGUGCUGGUGCUCAGUGUGACUGCGGCUGUUCUGCUCUGUGUUCCUCUCUCUCUCGGUACCUACUGGCUGGGGAAAAGACAGGGAUUAAAAGAGGCCACAGCUAAACAAAGAGUUACAAGAAUUAGUGGUGGGAUUAAUGAUGAAGAGGAGCAAGAGGGACAGCUGAACUAUGUUACACUGAAGAUUCGUAGAGCAUCCCGGCUGUUCAGGCCAAAGCCUGAUCAGAGGAGUGAUUUCUGUACUUACUCUGAAGUCCGCAGAGAUCUAAUGUGAUAAGCUGACAGUAUUGGUACCGAGUCCCCCUGUGUAAUCUUUAGGACGCAAAUCAUGCAUGCAAUAGAAUUGUUUAAGAAGGCAUUUUUCAAAUAAUAACAAAAUUCAGGAAUAGAUUAAGCAACCCUCUGAGGGUAAAAAAUAUAUACCAAUGAUAAAUAAUGAGGAGAGGUGAAUAUCUCCAGUGCAGAGAGUAAAAAUUCAGGCUAAGAGUCAGUUGAGUUACAGCGUAGUCAACUUUUUGGUUGAAACGAAACCUUUGUCUGGAUUUAUAUUUUCUGGACCUGAAUUUUCCACUUCUGACAAUGACCUGAAAUUCUAGGAUGCGUUGAUUAAUAAAGUGUUGAGAAUGUAAAGAUAUUCUAUAACUUCAAUGAACAAGAUUAGUCAUUCUGCAGUGUUCUCAGUGUGACAGAUUACACUUGUUCUUUCGGACGUAAAUGCUCCGUUCAUAUACAGGAUUAUGUAAAUACAGAGAAGAGAUCCAUUUUAUUUUUUUCAGUAUUAUAAUAAAAUCACAAGAUUC